CAGUUUUCUCCUAGCGGAGCCAUGGACCAUCAUCUUUGGUCCACAGGGUGCUGCACAUGGAAUUGGAUUGGAAUUAUAAGCCUACUUUUUAACCCAGCUAUGUAGCUACCUUUGGCUUUGUGGGAUGUGCGGUACUGUUUAUUCCUUUUUUUGUGCACGUACCUAAACCCACCACCCAUCAGGCAAAGUUGAUAUGUCAAAAAAGUUACCCUUCGCCCUUCAUUCACAAGACCAAAGGGCUGUUGUUAUUAUCUACCUACACUGUUCCAAGGGAGUAAAGUUGGCGUGGCUUGGGGUUUGGCUGGAUCGCGUAGGUUACGCUGACCUUAACCAAAAAAUCUGAACUGAAAUCUUCAGUCGGUUUCAAAGGAGCAAGAACGCUUCAAUAUAAGAAGAAGAUCUUUGUGUCUCGGAAUAUUACGAAAUAUUUUGAAAUUAAUUCUUAACAUCAUCUCAUUGGACCAGGUCGGUUGUGAUUAAGAAGUCGGGAACAUACAACUUAUCGUGAUCCUGAUACAAUUACCACGCAUUUUUAUUUUUUCAUUGACUCAUAAGAAAUACUCGGUGGGGAACAAUGGGUUGUGCCACUAGUGUCUCAGUUAUAUUGACACCGACCGAUAAAUAAACAUGUCAAAUUCAUUCAUUUUUGUUCUUCAUCAUAAUAUUUGAUUUGUCUCACUCACCAACUGUACGUGGUGUAAAUAAUUGAAUAAAUCUCAUCAAAUUCUGACGUCCCAUUCAGUCAAAUGGAACACAAAAGCUCCCACACCAUGUUCAGGAAUGUGUAACUUCCGUAAAUGUAAAGAUAAGCAAACAUCAUGAAACUCCACAAUUCACGAUUUUAUGACGCGUUUGACUACGGGGAAAGUGCAACCCUUGACUGAAGGGAAAAUUCAAACGAAAGGAAUUUGAUUUGGAUUUUCCACAACACAGCAAAAUUCAAGAAGAAGUUUAAGUUCAAAGUGCAAUUUAAAUUAGUAAUUGUUAAUUGUCAUUAUCAUUAUCAGUAGUUAGCUGUAUUAUCUAAGCAUGUGAGACAAGGAGCCAACUGAGAGAACCAGGGUUGGAGUGAGAAGUUAAAUUACUUUGGGAGGCUGCUACUAAAUUGUGAAAUUGUUAAUCAGAAUUUGUGAAUGUGAGUGAACUGCCAUUUUUUGGUCACAGUUAAAAAGAACGGAAUGAAAAUCUUUGGAUGGCAAGUGACCGUGUCAAACACAAACAUUGCAGUCACUGUGGGAGCAGUACUUGGAGGAGGUGCGUGCUAUGCUAUUGUCAAGUAUUUGCUAGGUUCAAGCUCUCGGAGAUCGAGAAGACCAAGACUCAAGGGCGGAGGCGACGGGGAGCCUGACCUCCACCUGAUAUCAUAUUUAGAACAAGAAUACGGAAAUUUCAGACAAGUUUGCUUGGAAGCUGAUCCCAUUGGGGCAAGCUAUUUACAUGAACUUCCUGACAAUUUCUUCGCUUUUCCACAAAAUUUUCUCAAAUUUAUUUCAAAUUUCGUCUCUGAACACACUAAGCGAUAUCUACAAGCUCUAGUUGUGGGCAGUAGAACUGGAUACCUGGUUUUCGCAUUGGGAACCAUUUUCGAAGAGGUCAAGGGCGUGGAAGCAUCAUUUUCUCAAGUUGUGACAUGCUAUCAAUUCCAAAAUUUUACGACCGUAACUCACAGUUUUCCAGCAGAAGGUGCAUAUAAAGAAUUGCCAAGAACUUUCAAGUCUCCAAUCACAUCUACUGGUCCAUUUCCUCUCAAACGGUCGGGGGAUAUACGGAAAAAGAACAAAGAAAAUAUAGAAUUUGACAAUGUGGACUUGGAUGAACAGACUUUGACUUACCUUGGAAAGUUUCAAGUUGUUGUUUUACAAAACUGUUUAGAAGACUUGGAUGAUCCUUUAACAUUUAUAGCAUCCCUAAAAAAUAUUGUCCUUGAAGGUGGAUUUCUUAUAAUAUCGGCGGAUUAUAAUUGGAAUACAAAAUUCGACAAUUCCCUGGACUUGUCGGAUUCAAAUAGCUUUGAUCUUUUGAAACGCAUUUUAAAGGACGAAUUUGAGUUCAAGGAAGCAAAGAAUAUUCCAGAAAUAAUUUGUGAAUCUACCAGAUCGUGUCACAUUCGCUACAAUCAUGUCACAGCGUGGAUGCGAACUAGUUCCUGAAUUAGUAGUAAUAAACUAAGGGUUUUGUGGAAAUAAACUCUAAAUUAUUAUACGAACUGUGAAAACUAAAAAUGUGACAAUCUUCCUUAAAAAGUUAGUGAGUGCGUUGAGGUGCAUCGUGUAUAAAAUAGAUAUCAAGAUGGAAGGUCCUGCUCUAAAGCGACCAAAGCUUCAGUUGGCGGACUUGACGCCAAAAGACUGGAACUUGUGGUCACAUAAUUUAGAAAUUUUACAACAACAUCUUCCCAAUGGAUGUUUAUGCAACGUUGGAAUCCUAGAAUUACAGCGACCUAUAUUUCCACCAAAUGAACAAGUGGCAUCAAGUUGUUCCGUAGAUAUUCGAUUUCUUCGCGAUUACUCGUUGCAGUUUAUCAGUACAAUUCAUAUGUUAAUUGACACAGCGCUCAAACAACAGUUUAACGGGUUUAUUUGCAAGAAGAUCCUAGACAUGUCAUCCGAACUAUCCAUGGAUGAAGGGAGUUGGGAAAUGCUAAUAGGAUGUCUUGAUUCAACGGAUAAAUUUGUGACAGCUGCCACUUCCAAGUGUUUAGUUUCAUUAUUAAUGUGGACACGACUUCCAAACUUAAAUGAAAUAAUUGACGAGUUAUUUAAUAAUGUUAUGAUUACAACGGAUAAUCCUUUAAAAUUAACACAUAUACUUGACGUUAUUAGAGGAGUAGUAGAGUACAAAUAUAUUAGUGAACCACCUAUAUUUCUCCAAGAGAAUGAUGAUGACUACAACAAUUCUAAUUCUUGUAAUGCUGACGAUGAUGGAGGAAAAGGCAGCUUAAAGUCGUCGGAUGUGACAAUGACAGACGUAUCACAAUCAAAAUCCACCACCUUUCCAUCAGAGUCAACAAGUUCAGCAGCAUUGCAAGCUUACCAAUUACGUGCAAGUUGUCCUAAAGUAGAAGUUGAUACCGAAAUUAUUGAGAAUGAGGUGAAAACAUUAUGUGUCAAAGCCUUAGAGAACUGGUGGACAAGACUGUUAACUAAAUUCCAAAUUAUGAUGGCACAUUUUGAACCUGCAAAUGAAUCUCCUAUUGUAACCUUUUUGGAAUUAUGGCUUGGAAUUAUAUCAGGAGAUAAUAGCAUAAGCGUAAUUGAUACAAAACAUUACUAUUUGCAUUUGGAAGCAUUUGUGCCCCUCUUAAAUCCAAAUUCACCUCCAAUAAUAUGGUCGAAACUAACCGAUGUUUUCAACGAAGUCCUGUGUUAUGGCAGAACUCUUGCACUCCAAGAUGUCCCAAGCGAAGAGCCAUGCGAUUUGGCUCAUCUAAUUAUCCGUUGCGUCAGAAGUCGACAGUUUCUUCAGGGGAUUCCAUUCACGAGAGAAUUUUCUGGGUUUGGUGGUAGUUCCUGUGUUGGACCUGUUGAUUGGGAGUGCAAGAGUGAAAGUCAUACAAUUCGGGACAAAACAUGUAUAAUACCCCCAGUAUCUACAGCGUCUCUUCUUCUGCCACAUCCAUCUUCAUCAAUCCUUGAUCACAACGGUAUUCCAUUAUCAUCCAAGUCCUUAGCAGAAACAGAACAAUCGUCGUCGUCGCCGUCCUCCUCCUCCUCCUCCACUACUUCUUGUUCUACUUAUACACCUGUAUCAUCUACCCUUGCUUCCUGUUCAACAACAGAAACUACAAUUGUAAAUCCUACGUCUUUCAGUCCCGUAGCAUCAUCAAGUAACAGCACAGCAACUCUACAGCAAAACCAAAGAAUACCUUUAAAACCAAAACGAGCUUUGCCAAUUUCUCAAACAAUAUAUAUCGGGCCAUCAAUAAAUGCUGUUCAGCUUGACGAAUCCUUUGAUGCAACAUUUGGGAAUCGGCCGCUCUUACAAAAAGUGGUCCUACUCGUCCUAAAAAGUGUCGCAGUUACAGUUCAAGAAACCCGUGUUGAUGAUAUUGACAGUGAUGAAGAGGGAACGUCGUCGAUGGAUGAAACAAUUCAUUCGGGGUCAGAAUCUGAAGUUAACGACAUGGCAUUUGUUGAAAAUUCGAUCCGUGAUGUCUUUCGAGAGUUGGAUUUAUACGUAAAAUCUGUCCAACCAUUCCAUCCUGCUGCCCCACUUGGAGAGUGGAUCAUCAAGCUUUUCGUCGAUCAAGACGAUGCGUUAAUUGAAGCUAUGAUGUGCACAUUGGACUCUUAUCGUGGGUUCCAUGAGAAAAUGGAAAUUCCUGCAGAUUUUAAGGAAUCUUUUCAUCCUGUCAAAACUUUUGUAGCCCUGCUCGGUGAAAUUUCAAAUGACAAUACAGUUAUCUUGGAUUGGUUAAGAGGAGCUGAGACUCCUCAUUUUCUCACGUACUUUCUCUACUUUCUAAAAUUUGUGUUCAAAAAUUGGUCAGAAUUUGUAUCCAGUUGUGGUCGGGACUUGGAAAACACGAUGAGUGUCCUUAUUCGCCUCCGAAUGAGUGUGGGUAGACUUACAGAAAGGGGUUUGUGGCCGUACAAUAUUAAUCCAGUGCUCAGGUUAUUAGAAAGGUGCGAAGGACUGUAUGAGAAUGAUAGUAGUAAUAGCAGUAGCUGAGUAGUAGCAUCCUGUAGUGAAAUCAUUAUAUAGUGCAAAAAUUGUAUUUUCUGAGUAUGAAUAAAUAUAUAAUGUUUAGCAAAUUAGUCUUACGCCAUUACUUGCCUUCCUGAAUAAAUAUGCUUUGUGCGUUGUAUUAUUCAUACAGACUUACUAUUAAGAAUGAAUUAUUUGUGGUAUGUAAUGUGUAAACAUUUUUUGUUACUUUUGAUGAUGUACCACUAAUAUUUAGACGAAAUGACAAGUUAUUCAAUUUGCAGUUUAUCGAGUGCAUUGUUAAAAAUAUGUGUUACCGAACAAUAUUAUUCCCUGUCUGUCAUGUACUUGUUAUUACUAAAAAUAAUUUAGCCUAAGUAUUGAUUCAUUUUGUGUAACCGGUGUCAUCAACCUUGAACCUACCUCAUUUAUCACCAAUGAUUGAUGAUUGGGUUUUCCAAAUCAUAUUUUUGUAUUGUUACUUGUUACGAUGAAGAAUUUAGAAAAAAUGCAGACUGAAGAAAUAAAUAAGAUUGGUCAUUAA